UCAGAUUGACUUGACUGGUUCGAAGAUACAGGUUUGGAUUUAAGAUUGCUCGCUGGCAGCCGUUUUUCGGUGAGCAUAUUUUCGCGCCCGGGUCUUUUCAUUGUUCUACAGCGAGAAAAGUCGCGAAGUGGCAGGCGAACUUCGUGGUUCGCACACCACUUUCUCUCUCUCGCGCCCCUGGAGGAGUCGCUCGGGAGCUCGAUACUUCCUUUCCAUCACGUGCAUUUGACCAAAGGCAUUUACCUGUCCCGGCUCGGGUGCUACUGACUCUGCCUUCAACCGCCGCGUGCCCGUCACUCGUCCCGCUCGCUACCAGCACCUGUUCCAGUCUUUUUAGUAUCGCAAGCGAUUACGCGGUGUGUGUGAGUACUCAGGUUAAGCGCAGCCUUUUAGGCAUCGGCGAGGCGGCAGCAGUGGUACGGCUUCUUGUUUCCGCUUAGGUGCAAAGCGGUUUGACUUUAGUCGUCCGUUCAGUGUUUACGUGUGUGCAUCGUAUUGGCGCGAUUUGAAUCCGAUCCGGCAAUUUCAAUUCAGAUUUAGAUACAAAUUGCCAAAUUGGGAAUUGUCUACCAAGUAUAGAUUCUCUAAGGACCUGGUCCAUGGCUGAAGUGUGUGAUGCCUGUUUUUUGGUUGAUUUCUCUUCGGUACGGUUUAUUUUUUGCAUAGUUUGCGGAAGUUGCGUGACAUGUUCGAGGAUAUUUGGUAACCUAAGAGAGAUUGAAUAACCGUUAACUCAAUUCCCAAAUUGCAAGUGGCUAACUCGAAAUUGCGAGAUGCAUUCCCUAAACUGAAACAACUCUGCCCGCCGUUUCCCUGUGUCAGAGCAGAAACAAUUAUGCAAGUCCCUUGCAGAAACCAAAGUGCAGUGAAUAGGUGCAUUCGAAACUUUGAUGAUAGAAUAGAAAACCAGAAGUUCUGAAUUAAUUAAAAACCUAACUCAAUACUCGCAUAUCGAGCUCAACAGUUUCUCCUUUCCCAUUCGUUCAUAUUUUUUUUAUUAAUAAUUUUUAUGAAAUUUCUAAAGAGAAAAGUUAAGAUUGUCUUGAAGAGAAGAAGAAGAAAAUUUCCUUUAGUUUUCGGUUCAAUUUUCGUUGUUAAACAGUGUCAUGUUGAUUGGAUCGAAUAUUGGUAGUGAAUUUGGACCGUUGCCUAGUGCCGCCCCGUGGAGCAUGGAACCGCCAAGACCGCCAUUGAGUGCGGGUGGCGGUCCACCACCGCCACCACCCACUCUCCCACUGUCACCUACAGUUGGUCUCUCGCCACCAGUUCCUUCGCCGGGUGCCGUGGCCAAUACCGGGCUCUUUUCAAGUGGUGCGCCGUCGCCAUCAACGCUAAGUGCUCUAGUCUCGCAACAUCGACUUUUAGAAUUAUCGCGAUUCGGAUUACGUGGUUAUGAUUUGGCUCAACAUAUGCUAACGCAACAAGGUGCUGUCUCAAAAUUACUUGGUACUUUACGACCACCUGGACUCAUCGGCGGUUCGAAGCCAAAAGUGGCGACGCCAGCGGUCGUAUCUAAAAUCGAACAGUACAAAAGGGAGAAUCCAACGAUAUUUGCGUGGGAAAUUCGUGAACGGCUUAUUUCAGAAGGAGUUUGUACGAAUGCCACAGCUCCAUCGGUGUCUUCAAUUAAUCGAAUCCUUCGAAAUCGAGCAGCCGAGCGAGCGGCCGCCGAAUUCGCUAGAGCCGCCGGCUACGGGUUGUAUCCACCACACCCAUAUGGGGGAUUCCCAUGGCCACCGACGGCUGCAGCGGCCGCUGCUGCUCAUCUAUGGCCACCCGGCUCGGGAAUUACUGGUAUUUCGCCUGGCUCAAACAGCACAUCUGGACCAGCAGCAUCACCAGGCUCUGGAAGUCACGACACAGCAAGUUCCCCCGACGGUAAUCGCCUAAUCGAUGUGGAAGGUGAAGAUUCCGGUUCACUCGAUGGUGAGCAGCCUAAAUUUCGAAGAAAUAGAACCACCUUCAGUCCUGAGCAACUUGAGGAGUUGGAAAAGGAAUUCGAUAAGUCACAUUAUCCUUGUGUGAGUACGAGGGAACGGUUAGCUUCGCGAACAUCGCUAAGUGAAGCGCGUGUUCAGGUUUGGUUUUCCAACAGACGAGCAAAAUGGAGACGUCAUCAACGCAUGAAUUUGCUGAAACAACGUGCAAGCCCUCCGCCGUCCCAGUCACAGGCACAUCACCCCCACCAUCACCAUCACUUACAAUCUCAACAGCAAAUUGUCGGAACAGCGGUACAACCGCACACAGCGCAUCAAACAACCCAACAGCCACCGCAAACCACAUUGGUCCCGUCUACAGACCAUUCACCAAUCAGUGUAACAGCUUCCAGCAAUUCAUCGUCUUCAACUAUCAACAAUCCUAUAACACCUUCGUCAACAGCGAUGUCGCAAAAAGUUGGAAACACCCAGCCGCCGUCAAUAAUAACAAAUUUCAUCCCUACAAAUUCGUCCCCGCAUCAAUCCCAUCUGCAUCACUCGCAGCAACAACAGCAAUCGCAUCUUCACCAAAGUCUUCACCAACCGCCUCAUCACCUUCAAGCACCCCUCCAACAACACACGCCAGCGGUGGGAGUUGCUGGUCAAGCCAGCCAGGACAGUCAAUCGCGCGUUCACCAAAAUCCACCAUCGAAUUCACCAACAACACCAUCAACAGCGAUAUCAGCGGCGGCCGCGAUUGCAGCAGCCGCGGCCGCAGCAGUGGCGGCUUCACCAACAAGCGUGACGUCAUUAGUCACAGCAUCAACUCCAUUAUUAAUGGGAGGCGAGCAUAGCGCCUUUCGUUCCCUAGUUAAUCCUUCGUCGGCCGCUGCUUUUGCUCUGGGCUUAGCUCGACAAUAUGCAGCCGCGGCAAGCAUCUCUACAUCCCAGCAACAAUCGCCCAAUUCACCAAUGAAUAAUGGUGGCAGUAAUAGUAAGAUUAGUGGUCAACAAUCAUCAUUUUCAGUGAAUAGUAAUAAUAAUUCAGUGGAAACUAGUAAAAAUGCAAUAAGUGAAGAAGAUGGUAGUCCUUGUGAACUGGGCUACUCAGAUUCCGAGGAGGAGAUCAAUGUUCACGAGGACGAUUCAGAUCUGGAGUGCCCUUCGGGAAAGAUUCCGUUGCAGCUAACGAAGCAUGAUCGGCAAUAAAUAGCAGUAAGUCCAGAAAUUUUUUUUGUAUUUGCCUAAAUAAUAUUCCAUCAUAUUUAUGAGUAAGUGGUAGUACUACAUUGACUAAAAAUGGAUUAGCAAUUGUUUCGGAAAUCUUUCAAAUUUGUGUAGGUUUCUGUUAGUAUAAUCCAGGCGUCCUCUCAAGCUCAGCUUGUCAUCGAUCAUCACCUUUAGGUAUUUAAGGCUGAAUAAUAAUAAUAACAAUCUUUGGCGCAACAAUCCAUAUUGGAUGAUGGCCUUGAGUGUGUUAGAGCAUUUCAUUCAAGACCGUAA